CUCCAAAGCGACUGGAGAACAGAAAAAAAAACCUGACGUGCAGAGAGGCCAUUUGGUUUCCUACUGCGUGAGCUCUCUUAUUGUGAUGUGGAUUAUUCCAAUUGCCCUGCUUCUUUCAAGAGUCCAAGGAACAGUUGCAGGUAUGCAAGAGCCAGAGAUCUGCUAUGUCCUGGAUGCAAUACUUUUCCUGUAUGGGAUAGUCCUCACUGCUCUCUACUGCCACCUCAAGGUUAAGACUGCAAAGGCCCAAAAAUCGUCUGCGCAUUCUGAACACUAUGAGCAACUCAACUUUCCUGAGAAACAGAUCUACAGUGAAAUUGGCAAAGGACAUGUAGAGAUGGAGACAAAGAAAAGCGAUGAUGACAGGGUCUAUACGGGUCUGGGUGAAGUGGAAAAAGCACAAUAUGAAACCUUAAACAAAGGAGCAAAACCAAACUGAUAUUUGUAUCUGUGUUCUCAGCAACUCCGCUUGGUCUAUCUGUUUUGGAAUUUGACUGUCAGAAUACCUAGCAAACCCCACAACAAGCGCAUUAAACAAAAACAAAUGAAUAUAUAUAGGUAUAGGGCAAGCUUGUGAGUGUGCAAUACUUUGUGCUUAAGUCCAAUUUCUUCACUAUUGUCUUUCUUUUAUUUUUUUAUUUAAGACGUAAAGGCUUCACAGUACAAUCAAUACAAAGUUUGUGAACAGACUUAACAAUUAAGAACAGUGCUCCUACAUUUAUUGCAUUUAAUUUUCCAUUAACAAAUAUAUAUUUAUAUAUACAAUUAACUAAUUAUUAGUUAAUUGUAUAUACACUCUAUACAUGCUUUUAAAGUGUUGAAUUGCUCUUUUGUAUAUUGGCCAAUACAAAAACAAUGCAUACUGUACUGAUAAUAGGUACACCCCAGGGACGGCCCUAGCCAUUGUGGAGCCCAAGACAGGAUGACAAAAUGGGGCCCCUUUCUCUCUGCCCCCAACUCCACCCCCACAGUUUUUAAAAUGAGAAAACUUGAGAUUUUCCUUCAACUGCGUGUAAUAGACACUACUAUAAUGAAGAAUAUGCACAGAUACCGAUAUAAAAAUCCAGUGUAAAAUCUUUUAAAAACAUACUUAGAAGUUCUAAGUUUAGCACUGUUGAUGAGGUUAGGCUGGGACACCCACUAGAAGGGGCUGAGAAAGAAGGAACAGGUAGACACUCCCCCCACCUCCUCUGCAUAUAAAGAAAACCCAUUACACAACCAGGAUUCUGUAGACAUCAGUAUACAUCUAAAAUAUUGGGGCUUGGUUAGGAGUCUGAAAAUUAGCACAAUGUUAUUUAAAAAUAAGGAAAAUUAUACAUUUUUACAAAAACACUCCUAGAUGGGCUAUAUAAAUGGAUCAUGUACAAAACGUGUAUGCAAAGAAAAAUCUAGUUUACAAUGUCCCUUUAAGGUAAUGCACAUUUUUUUUUUAAAUACCAAUCCACAAAUGUGGAGCACUAUAACAUUGUAUAUAUUGCACUAUACUAUUUGUACUAUUGGAAACUAAAUAUUUCUGUAUAUAAUGAAGAAUUAUGCUGACAAUUAGGGACAGUUACGUUGAACUGGGCCUUAUUUUUAUGUAUUUUUUUAUGAUAACAAGGACAUUACAGUGAAACAAACCUCAAGUUGCAACCCAAAUAGAAAGUCAUACAUACUAUGUUAGAGAGGCCAAGAUAAUUAUUAUAGCAAAAAGAUGUAAAUAUACAAAUAAAGCUUAUACAAUUACAAGCAUAUUAAAUACAUUUCUAAGCUUUUUAAUACUUAGGUUACCUGACAAACUUCAGUUUGAUAUUACAUUUUAAUGGAAACAAUUAGCAUAAGGGGCUACUCUUGGACAAUAAAAUAGAUAGGUUAAGAUAAUGGUUUGAAAACUACCUGACCAGUUUGAAGACUACCUGACAGUUAAAAUGUAGGAGCACCAGGCCAUAAAUCUAGGAGACAGAUAUAUAUUUUUUUAAAUAUUAAAGUUGUAUUAUAUAUAAGAAACCAAAAUGCAUUAUAUAUACAGGAACAAGACAUUGGGGGAAAAAAUGAUAAUUAUUUAUUUGGAGUGUUCCUGCUAACAUGCAAUUAUUUAAGAUAGAGGAAAAAGUGAAUUUACCUUAAAAUUAUGCACCAUUCUUCUGAUGCAUCAUACUUUGCGCAAGCAAACUGUAUAAAACAUUUUUUUUCUUUAUUCCUUUUUUUAUUCACAGCUUGAUAAAAAAAAAUACACUUUUCACAAUA